AUGGCGGACCUGGAGGCCGUGCUGGCCGAUGUGAGCUACCUGAUGGCGAUGGAGAAGAGCAAGGCGGCGCCGGCCGCCCGCGCCAGCAAGAGGAUCGUCCUGCCCGAGCCCAGUAUCCGGAGCGUGAUGCAGAAGUAUCUCGAGGAGAGGAACGAGAUAACCUUCGACAAGAUUUUCAACCAGAAAAUCGGUUUCUUGCUAUUUAAAGAUUUUUGUUUGAAUGAAAUUAAUGAAGCUGUACCUCAGGUGAAGUUUUAUGAAGAGAUAAAAGAAUACGAGAAGCUUGAGAACGAGGAAGAUCGCCUCAGCAGGAGUCGACAGAUUUACGACACCUACAUCAUGAAGGAGCUGCUGUCGUGUUCGCAUCCAUUCUCGAAGCAAGCCGUGGACCACGUGCAGUACCGUCUGUCCAAGAAGCAGGUGACGCCUGCGCUCUUCCAGCCAUACAUCGUUGAAAUCUGUGAAAGUCUUCGAGGCAACAUUUUCCAAAAAUUUAUGGAAAGCGACAAGUUCACGCGGUUUUGUCAAUGGAAAAACGUAGAGCUAAAUAUCCAUUUGACCAUGAAUGAUUUCAGCGUACAUCGGAUCAUCGGGCGAGGCGGCUUCGGAGAAGUCUAUGGCUGCCGGAAGGCGGACACUGGGAAAAUGUAUGCGAUGAAAUGCCUGGAUAAGAAGAGGAUCAAGAUGAAACAAGGAGAAACGUUAGCCUUAAAUGAAAGGAUUAUGUUGUCGCUUGUGAGUACAGGGGAUUGUCCUUUCAUCGUCUGUAUGACCUACGCCUUCCAUACUCCAGACAAACUCUGCUUCAUCUUGGACCUGAUGAACGGGGGCGAUCUGCACUACCACCUGUCCCAGCACGGGGUGUUCUCCGAGAAGGAGAUGCGCUUCUACGCCACCGAGAUCAUCCUGGGGCUGGAGCACAUGCACCACCGCUUCGUGGUGUACCGGGACCUGAAGCCCGCAAAUAUCCUCCUGGAUGAGUACGGACACGUCCGGAUAUCAGAUCUCGGCCUGGCCUGUGAUUUCUCCAAAAAGAAGCCGCACGCCAGCGUGGGCACGCACGGGUACAUGGCCCCCGAGGUGCUGCAGAAGGGGACGGCCUACGACAGCAGCGCCGACUGGUUCUCGCUGGGCUGCAUGCUCUUCAAGCUUCUCAGGGGCCACAGCCCCUUCAGGCAGCACAAAACCAAAGAUAAGCACGAAAUCGACCGGAUGACCCUCACCGCGGACGUGGAGCUGCCCGACACCUUCUCCCCGGAGCUGAGGGCCCUGCUGGAGGGCUUGCUGCAGCGGGAAGUGAGCCUCCGGCUGGGCUGUCACGGCCGCGGGUCGCAGGAGGUGAAGGAGCACAGCUUCUUCCGGGGCAUCGACUGGCAGCAGGUCUACUUACAGAAGUACCCGCCGCCCAUGAUCCCGCCCCGCGGAGAGGUGAAUGCGGCCGACGCCUUCGACAUCGGCUCCUUCGACGAGGAGGACACCAAAGGCAUCAAGCUCCUGGACUGCGACCAGGAGCUGUACAAGAACUUCCCGCUGGUCAUCUCCGAGCGCUGGCAGCAGGAGGUGGUGGAGACCAUCUACGACACGGUGAACGCGGACACGGACAAGGCCGAGGCCCGGAAGAGGGCCAAGAACAAGCAGCUGGGCCACGAGGAAGAUUACGCUCUGGGGAAGGACUGCAUCAUGCACGGGUACAUGCUGAAGCUGGGGAACCCGUUCCUGACUCAGUGGCAGCGUCGCUAUUUUUACCUCUUUCCCAACAGACUUGAAUGGAGAGGAGAGGGGGAGUCCCGGCAAAACUUACUGACCAUGGAGCAGAUUGUGUCUGUGGAAGAAACGCUGUUUAAAGACAAGAAAUGCAUUUUGUUGAGGAUAAAAGGCGGGAAGCAGUUUGUCUUGCAAUGCGAGAGUGACCCCGAGUUUGUGCAGUGGAAGAAGGAGCUGACGGAGACGUUCACCGAGGCCCAGCGGCUGCUGCGGCGGGCGCCCAAGUUCCUCAACAAGACCCGAGGGGGCGUCCUCGAGCUCUCCAAGCCGCCCCUCUGCCACCGGAGCAGCAACGGCCUCUGA